CACUGUUCACAACCAUCCUCUGAGACCACAAGCACUCAUCCUCUGCCUGAGACCCCAGCCCCGCGCUCACCAUGGAGGCCAUCAAGAAGAAGAUGCUCAUGCUCAAGCUGGACAAGGAGAAUGCCUUGGACCAAGCAGAACAGGCCGAGUCAGACAAAAAGGCAGCAGAGGAGAGAAGCAAACAGCAUGAGGAUGAGCUGCUCCAGAUGCAGAAGAAGCUCAAGUCCACUGAGGACGAGCUGGACAAGUACUCGGAGGCUCUAAAGGAUGCUCAGGAGAAACUGGAGGUGGCUGACAAGAAGGCGGCUGAUGCUGAGGCGGAGGUGGCGUCUCUGAACCGCAGGAUCCAGCUGGUGGAGGAGGAGCUGGAUCGGGCUCAGGAGAGACUGGCCACAGCACUGCAGAAGCUGGAGGAGGCAGAGAAGGCGGCAGAUGAGAGUGAGAGGGGGAUGAAGGUGAUUGAGAACAGAGCUCUGAAGGACGAGGAGAAGAUGGAGCUUCAGGAGAUUCAGCUGAAGGAGGCCAAGCAUAUCGCAGAAGAUUCCGAUCGCAAGUACGAGGAGGUGGCCCGUAAACUGGUGAUCGUGGAGGGUGAGCUGGAGCGCACAGAGGAGCGGGCAGAGCUGGCCGAGGCGAAAUGUGCCGAGCUGGAGGAGGAACUGAAGAACGUUACCAACAACUUGAAAUCUCUAGAGGCGCAGGCUGAGAAGUACUCUCAGAAGGAGGACAAGUAUGAAGAGGAGAUCAAGAUCCUCACUGACAAGCUCAAAGAGGCAGAAACGCGAGCAGAGUUUGCAGAGAGGUCUGUGGCCAAACUGGAGAAGACCAUUGAUGACCUGGAAGAUGAACUGUACGCGCAGAAGCUCAAGUACAAAGCCAUCAGCGAGGAGCUCGACCACGCCCUCAAUGACAUGACCUCCAUCUAAAGCCGCCCUCCUGCCGGUGUUGUCUCCUCUUCACUUUGGUUCAGAACACGUCGAAGCCAUCAGAGAAACAAAAUACACACGGUCACAACACACAACUUUAUUCACAUGUAAUCUGUUCCAUUUUAUAACAGUUUCGGUCUUACUAUCAUGCAUUUGUAAUUUUACUAUUAAAGUUUCACUUAAGUAAAA